AUGCGUUAUUGCGUUACUAGAAAAGUAACGCAAAAAAGCGUUAAAGUAACGCAAAUAACGCUGCAAGAAUUUCGUUGUAAUUAUCAACGCACUAGCAUGAUGACUAGUAGCACAACAGUUACGGAUUCUAAGCUUCGUUUAAAUAUAUGUUUAAUCAACAAAAAUGUUGAAGGCUUUGAGGUAAGAAAUUACCAUGGCCGUUUUCUAAUACCAAGUUGUGAUAAUGUAUUUGGUGGUGUUCAAAUUGAAUGUGUUUUAAUUGACAGUGGUUCAAAUUUAUCGUUGUUUCCACUACCGAUGACACCAGACAAAAACUUUGACAUUAAUCAUUUAAUGAGAAACUUUCCAUACGAUCAAUAUAUGUGGACGAUUAGAACAGCUUAUGAUGUUGGAUUAUUAACAGAUACAACUUUACAUAUAAAACCAAUAGAACAAAACGAUUCACCGUCGGCCACUUUUUAA